CUGAGACUGUUCAGACGCACUUUUUCAUUGAAUUUAUUUACAUACAUUUUAUAUCAGCUAGUUGGAGAAGAACCAAUUUUUAUUUAGGUUAGAACAAUAGUAAACAUUACGGUCAACGAUCUCGAACUGGACGCGCGAAUUUAAAACUAAAAAUAUUAGGUAUGACUAACUCUCUGUAAAUUGUGAAAUUCAUUCAGCCUAGUGAACUUCCCGUGGACAUUCCUAGUCUGGUUUGGACGUGUUUGUGCUCCCUGAAAGAUUUGAAACGAUUAAAUAACGAAACAUAAAGUUUAAGAAAUGACCCGAGGACCGACGAUAGUGCGGGUGGCGCCCAGCGCUGGACAUAGCGGGGGAGGCAUCAAAUGCUGUUGCUGCAGAUGCUGUGAAUGCAUCAACUUUGGAUACUUAACAUCACAACAUGGUAUAAUCAAACUAGCCGAAGCCAUGUUAGGUGGCCUUUGUCAAAGUUUGCUUGUGAAGUACGGUAUGUCUGAGGCCAGUGUCAUGGGCUCUGCGUUCCAUGGCUUUCUCACCACAGCAUCAGCGUGUCUCCUCACCACGUCCCUCCUCAUUGCCUGUUACGUACUCUCUUCUAAUUCUCAACAAUUGAUACGACAGUCUAUAUUCGAAUUUGUAUUUAACGCUAUUGCCUGCUUCUUAUAUUUGUCAGCGUCAUCAUAUAUGGGUGUGGCAGUGAAUAUAUAUUUGUACCCGAGAUAUUCCUUAAUCAACAUGUACGCCGCGUAUCCCGCCAUGACAGCCGUAUACUACAUUGGUGUUAUAGUCGGCAUUGUGCACGGAGUUGACGCCUACAUAUCAUAUAAGUACCAUAAGGGUAUUCGAUAAGACAACGAUUAACAACAAUAACAAACAAUUUCCACUCUUGAACAACUUGUAUAAAAAGAUACAUAACAUUAUAUUUAAACUAGCUG